UCUUGAUAAAAGGCAAAGAACACCCAUACGAGGAAAACCAUAGACUCUCACUGGGGAAAACGCGCAGUCUAUAUCUUUAGUUUCAUCCCAUUCAAAUAAAAGAAACCAUGUCAGACGACAAAGGAAAGGAGGGAGUGAAGACGGAGAACGAGCAUAUUAAUCUGAAGGUGGCGGGUCAGGAUGGCUCAGUCGUACAGUUCAAGAUCAAGAGACACACGCCCCUGAGCAAGCUCAUGAAGGCCUACUGCGAGAGACAGGGCCUCUCCCUCCGACAGAUCCGAUUCCGCUUUGACGGACAGCCGAUCAAUGAAACGGACACGCCCGCACAGCUGGACAUGGAGGAUGAAGACACAAUCGACGUCUUUCAACAGCAGACGGGAGGAAGCUGCUAAGAGGACCCCGCCCCCAACAACGCCCCUCUCCUCUCCUCUGCUCUCCAAUCCCCAUCCAACACCCCCUCUCUCCAAACUGCCCAAUUUCCCAUACCCAUCUCCAACUCCGCCCCCUCUCCUCUCCAACCCGUCAGCCUUUUUCAGCCCAACUCCUUCUUCUCUCCUCUCUGUCAACCUCCUGUCCUCCCCUUAAGCCUCUCCUCUCUGCCAAUCUCUCCUCCUCUCUCCUCUCCCCAACAGUCCUCUCCUCCCCUCUCUCGACCCCCAGGCCCUCUUCAGCCCCCUGCCUCCUCCACCCACCCUCUCGCCGCGGUAUUGGUGUAGGGGUUUGAGAUGUGGGAUGGAUGGAGCGGUUGAGAUCUGGGGGUACCAGAGAGGGUGCUGGUAUGGAGGGGAGGUGUACCCCGGGGGGAAGCCAUGUUGUGGGGCAUGAGUUCCACAGGGGCAGGCCUGGUUCUCGCUUACCCGCCUAGGUCUCCUCUCCUCCUCCUGGUUUAUAACUCGCUUAUAAUUAUUGUUAUUUUUAUUGCAUAUUUUUAUUGUCCUCUUUUUGUAAUCUUGACUGUAUACGGAAUGUGGAUUUUGGACUUUUUUUUUGUUUUUUCUUCCUUGAGGGCAGGGCUGGAGAUUGUGAAAGUCAGGACAUUAUUAUUCUGAUUUUUUUUUAGAAGUUGUUUGUAUCCAUGGAGCUACCAACAAUUAUACACACACAUGCUUACACAUACACAUUCCCUGAUCGUGCCAUGCUGUCCCACACGCAUACAAACACAUUUUGGACAACUGCAGAGGCCAUGGCUGGCCAGACCCCGGGUUAUGGUUUUACUCAAGCUUGGACGUUCCCAAUCUCUGUUCCACUCCCAAUCCAGUGAGAACAAGAGGUUGUAUAUACCCCCUGGCGCCCAGUAAUGGUUGCUAGGCAGCAGCCGCAGCAUAUUCUUCCUGAUCUCGGCUCAGUCUGUCCAGCGUCACUGCUCAGUGUAGGGUUUCUAUGGUUACUGCCACCUCAUACCCUGUAUCGCUGCUCAGUGUAGGAUUUCCAUGACAACCAAGGACCUCCUCUUGCCCAGCAUCGCAGCUCACUGUAGGGUUUCCAUGGUUACCGCCUCCUCUUGGCCCCCCAUCCCAUCCCACCUCUGCUCUUCUCUGGUCUGAUCUCUGGACCCUCAGUGCAAGAGCACCAUGCGGAUUCCGAUGGUCCAAGUGACCCUCCUGCAUCCCUUGGCAAUUUCCCAUACACUGCAGUACUCUGCAGGUCCCAUAGGGGGCAGGGUAGUGCUGGGCAGAAAUAUUACAGUCCGGCUCAAGUCUUCAGGUCUCUUUUUUUUUCUCAGUGAAUGUUGUAAUCUCUCUCUCUCCCGCUCCCCCUUGCCUCAUGGUGUUUAUGUUUCUCCCCCUCUUGCCCUCAACCUUUUCUAGAGGUGGGGAGGGUUGUUAGCUGUCCAGCUUCUCUAGAGGUGUGAAGGGUUGUUAGCCGAUCUGUCUUUUUCUCAGCCCCAGUUUCUGUUGUCCUUUACUACUGUAAACAAUAAAAUAUAGUUUGGUACUCA